AUGGCUUUCACGAAAUUGUUGAGCUCAGCUCUGCUUGCUGGUGUGGCGCUUGCGAUGCCAGCGGCCAAUAUCGUCGAACGCCAGUCAACAUGCUCCAUUGCCACGAGCGUUCCGACUGUGAACGAUGGGCAGCUACCGGAUCCUUUUAUCUUUGCGAACGGUAACAAGAUCACAACCAAAACCGACUUCGACUGUCGGGCCCAGGAGAUCAGCAAGAUUAUGCAGCAGUACGAGUUGGGGGACUAUCCACCACCUCCAGACUCUGUCAAGGGCACGCUCUCGGGCAAUACUCUCACAGUCGCUGUGACUGUUGCCGGGAAGUCUGUCAGUUAUACGGCGUCUAUCUCGAAGCCGUCUGGGAACGGACCCUUCCCUGCUAUCAUCACUAUAGGUGGCUCCUCGCUCCCCAUUCCUGGCACAGUGGCAACCAUCAAUUUCAACAACGAUGACUUUGCCUCUCAGGCGUCGGCCUCGUCUCGCGGUCAGGGCAAGUUCUACACUCUGUUUGGGGCAUCGCACAGUGCUGGAGCCCUCACUGCCUGGGCCUGGGGAGUUGACCGCCUCAUUGAUGCGCUGGAACAAGUUAACUCAACUUCUCUGAUCGAUACCAAGCGCCUUGGGGUCACAGGUUGUUCCCGGAAUGGUAAGGGAGCCUUCAUUGUAGGAGCUUUCGUCAAGCGUAUUGCCUUGACCCUCCCACAAGAAUCUGGAUCUGGUGGCGCCGCGAGCUGGCGAAUCAGUGAUGCACAGCAGAAGGCCGGCGCCAACAUUCAAACAGCCGGCGAGAUCGUCGGCGAGAAUGUCUGGUUCUCAACGCGCUUGAACACGUACGCCAAAGCGACGUCGACUAUGCCCGAGGAUCACCACUUUCUGGCGGCCAUGACCGUACCACGAGGCCUGUUUGUCAUUGAAAAUGACAUUGACUGGCUCGGUCCCGUAUCUACCACUGGCGCUAUGAAGGCAGGAAGGGUCAUCUACAAAUCGUAUGGCGUGCCCACGAACAUGGGCUUCUCUCUUGUCGGCGGCCAUGCUCACUGCCAGUUUCCCAGCUCUCAGCAAGCGGACUUGACUACAUACAUCAAUUAUUUCUUGCUGAAGACCGGAUCUGCUCCGGGGGAAAUCGAGAAGAGCUCCAGCACUGUUGAUAUGUCACAGUGGACAAAGAACUGGGUUGUGCCUACUUUGACUUGA